AUGAAUUUGUUGGAUCCACGACAACUGCUUAUGAAUCCAUUCACGUACAGUAUGGUCGAUCCAGCAACGAUGGCACUACUGAAUUCAGUGCCCGGUACCCAGAGCAGUAGCGCUGGCAAAAUUACAACCAACUCCACAGCGCACAGCCUGACAAGCAGUGGCGGUAGCAGUACAACGUGUGGUACCAGCAAUUCUUUCCGUAUCUCCGAUAUACUCGAUUCCAGUGAUGACAAGGCAAAUACAAGCGGUGAAAAUGGUUAG